CUCUCAUUUACUUUCUCCCACACACAAACACGCAACGCACCGGCCAGCUAACAACUGGAACCUCCGGCCACUCACCACUUCGCCACCAUACUCUCCUCCACUACCCUCCGUCGCACAAUGUUGCGGCGCCGACUGUCCGCCGGCGCCCUGCGCGCGCGCGCCCAAGCCCAAGCGCAACAGCAGCAGCCGCUACUGUCCCACGCGAUCCAUACCGGCCCCAAGAGCGCGCCGGCCACCCCGCAGCGCCUCACAACCCCCACAGCCUCAGCAGCCAAGGCGACCAUCUCGGCCCACCCCGCCCAGCAGCAGUCGGCCAGCCUCGCGUCCGCCGUCCUCCUCGGCACGCAGCGCAGCUGGAAGAACGAGACGGUCGUGACGCUGCGCGCCGAGCUCAAGCGCCGCGGCCUCAGCCAGCAGGGCAAGAAGGCACUCCUCAUCACCCGCCUCGAGUCCGCCGACGCUUCGGCCUUCCUGCCCCCCGUGCCGCCCCUCUCAAAGGCAGCCAAGGCGGCCAAGGGCCAGCGCGAGCUGUCCACGACCCCGCCUGCGCAGGUGUCGGCGACCCCGCCCGCACAGGUGUCGGUGACGCCGCCCGUACAGGUGUCCGCGACCCCGCCUGCCCAGCUGUCCACGACCCCGCCUGCAGCGUUCCGCGGCGACGCGACGAGCAAGUCUGACGACGGCACGACCGACACCGAGGCCGUGUCGUCCACCGGACCGGCAGUUGAGACGUCGCGCACCGAGGCCCCAUUGAAAGCCCACGACGUCACCCCCGAGGUGCUGACCACGGCGCCUGGCCUGCCAAUCAAGAAGCGCACGUCGGGCAACCUCCUCGACAUCAAGUUUCCCACCCCCAAGCCUGAUGCUGAGCGUACCACUCCUAUUCCCCUUAUUGGCAGCUACGCGGGCCGUGGGUCCUCGUCCUCGCGCGGUGGUGCCGUGCCCUCGUCCUCUGGCCCACGCGUCAUGACUGUUGCGUCGGCGUCGACGCAUAUCGGCGGUGGACCGCUGCACGGCUCGGGAUCGCGCGUGGCAGACUCGUACGCGGCCGAGUUCCACGACUUCUCGCACCUGCUCUCCCAACCUAUUGAAGAAGUGAUUGCGCACCCCAUGAUCUCGCUGCGCAAGGUCGGCGUCCCGAUCCCGGUCAUCAACCUGCCGCCCCCGCCGAAGGGAGGGGACAAGUACGUUGCCAGCACGGAGCCGCUCAGCUCGGACGAGAAGCGCGGCGCGCUCUGGCUCGUCGGCGCGCUCGGCACCGUCUUCUUGCUCACCGGCUGGGCGCGCGGCGGCCGCGAGGACGUGUUCGCCGACAACGACGCCGAGAACGCCACGCACGCAGGCAAGGUCGCCGCCAAGGCUGACGCUGCUGCCGAGUCGGCGCGCGCGAGCCUCGACAAGCUGCAGAUCAAGGACGCGAAGAAGGAGGCCAGCCUCAAGGACAAGGACCUGACCGCCGAGGCCAAGGCCGAGCGCAAGCUCGGCCGCGCAGAAGCCAAGGCUGCCGCGGCACACGUCAACGCCCAGGCUGAGGACGUCAAGGCCUUGAUUGAGGCCAUCAAGAAGGCGCUCGACGCUGAUGCGAAGGGCAAGGGCAAGUAGGCGGCUGCGAGCGGAGAAAGCGAGUAGCAAUGCGGGGUGCAGUCUAAGCGACAGCCCGCGUGUAGAACGUAGAUUGAUCAUGGUUGUGAAUUAUGAAAUGCAAUGCAUCUGGCGUGG